AUGUCUCCCAAAGGCUCGAUCCUAGUGACUGGCGCUUUUGGUGGCCUUGAAUCUGGAAUCAUCUCUGAACUAGACUCCUACCGAUCGAACGAGUAUCACGGAAUCUUCGCUCAUCGACCACCAAAGACGUCAUUAGCGAAUAGUGCACACAUAUCUGAACCUGCAGUCCCCAUGCUAUACCUGCAAAAUACCACCCAUAAAACCCUAGCCGUGGACCUGUCCCCCUUACAAUCCAUCCGGAAACUGGCCACAACCAUAAACCAACAUUAUGACCAUGAGCCUGCGUUACAGCAGAUUUGGGAAGAAUACAAGACUGAAAGCGUAGAGAAGGUCGCGCAGGGCAGUCAUAUGCUGAGACAGCAUGAGCUUCAACGCCGUUUCGACGCUGAUCCCACUCCACGGACACUAUGCGUUUUGUGUGUCGACCCUGGUAUAAUCUACACCGCCCGCUUCCGUCACAGCAACCUCGUGAUUCGCAUGCUGGGUACAUUUGUGUAUCCAGUCAUUGGCAUAGGGGCAGAAUGGGUCUGGCCGAAAACGACUUUUCGUAGUCCGUAA